AAAUCAUCUGAAAUGAAUGAUGUUCGUUAAAAAUUAGCUAUGAUAAUUUCCAAGCGAUUGCAAAAAUCCUGGCCAUGUUGAUAACCCUUGAUUAUCAAUAAAAUAUCACUCAAAAUUCUCGUCUUCUUUCUCCCUCUUAUAGGUCAAGUCCAGUAAAUCAAGGACCGAAGCAGCGAGUGGAAAAUUUUAAGUUUGAAAUUCUCUGAGAGUGGAGGAUAUCCAAGAGUUUUGGCAGUUUUUCUCCUGAGAAAUGCUUAUCGAUUUUUUAUUUUAUCUUUCUAAUUUCGACACAACUAAUUUUUUCUUUCAGUAUGACUUCAUAACUGCCAAUCAUUUGCCCUCAGAUCAUCAAUCAGCUCUCUGAUUCUUGAAUAAACAAUCACUUUUGGCUGAUUCAUCACAAUGAUUAAUCUGAUCAAAGUAUCCUGAUUACUCCAUCUGAGUUCCAUCUAAAAUCAGUGAAAACAGCGCUAGAUCAUUAGUAUUUCUUCCCAUUCGUAUUUUUCGUUCAUUAUUUGUGUUAAACUACACCGAAGGAUCGAAAAAAAAUGAAUUUUAUUUAAUGAAGCGCAAGGAAGGGGAUGUUAUCAAACUGACGAUUCUGAUUUGAAGCCUUGGGAAUAGAUGUGUUCACUAUCAACACUAAUUCAGCGUAACAGCUUGAGGUGGUGCGCGGGCGCCUUCCGAUUUUUAUUUAGAUGGUUUAUCGGGGGAAAAUGUGAAGUGGCUGAGAGCCAGUGGUGGCGGACACCCCAACAAGAGAGGAUUUCAAUUUCUUUGCGAGUUGACAUUCCGUAUCAACAAUGGAGAAAUCCCAAGCAUCCCUUAGCAAUUUGUCAACUAUCCUGAACCAAACUGACAUGGAACUCCCCAUUGACAUGAGGUUUAAUGAGGGUCACAUGGUGAGCAUCAUCACCUACAGUAUCCUGAUGGUCAUCUCGAUAAUUGGAAACAGUACGGUUCUCUUCUUGAUCCUCCAGAGGAGGAGAUCAAAUCGCUCCAGGAUUAAUACGAUGCUGUUGCACCUGGCGGUGGCAGAUUUAAUGGUGGCCGUUUUAAUGAUGCCACUGGAGAUCGGCUGGGCAAUAACAGUCUCAUGGAGAGCUGGGGAUUCCAUGUGCCGGAUUAUGGCGUUUUUCCGAAUAUUCGGAAUUUAUUUGUCGUCAUUUAUCCUCAUUUGCAUCAGCGUUGACAGGUAUUACGCGGUUCUGAGGCCCCUUCUGCUAACGGAUGUUGACAGAAGGGGAAAAAUAAUGCUCGUCGGGGCCUGGAUGGGGGCGAUUCUUUGUUCAGCACCUCAGAUGAUAAUUUUUCACGUUGAGGUACAUCCUAACUACACCUGGUACGAGCAAUGUAUCACCCUGAACUCAUUUCCAACAGGCGGUCACGAGCUGACGUACUCUCUCUUCGGGAUGAUCAUGACGUACUGUGUCCCCCUGAUAGUCAUAAUUUUUACUUACUCAAGUAUUCUUCUUGAGAUAUACAAAAAGUCCCGUGAGUCUGUGCACGAACUUCAUCACGAUUAUCGAGUGAAAAAGUUGAACCAACAACGAACGAUUGUUUCACAUACAGACAAAAUACGGAGGUCGUCGUUGGGCUUUCUGGGAAGGGCUAAGAUAAGGACACUCAAGAUGACCAUCAUUAUUGUCCUCGUUUUUUUCGUUUGCUGGACACCUUACUAUAUCAUGUCUAUUUGGUAUUGGUACGACCCUAAAAGUGCCAAAAGUGUUGAUCAGCGUGUCCAAAGGGCCCUUUUCCUCUUCGCCUGCACCAACUCCUGCAUGAACCCUAUCGUCUACGGUGCCUUCAACAUCCGGACAAACGCAAAAAAUUCAACGUCCCGUCAUGGUGGAACAAUCGGCAAGAGGAUAUCGAUAGAGAACGUCGUCUGUCGUGUGACGUGGAAACGUCCUGGCACUGGCUCCCGUGAGCCCAGUCUACCUAAUCAGGACACACCCGACACUGAUGUGUCCCUCAAUAUUGCCAAUCAACUGUCACACACCAUAGGGAUAAAUCAUGACAGUAAGGGCGAUCAACCGAAUCCCCAACUAUUCAUUAAAUCUCAAUUGUUACGGUAUUACCCCCUAUCGUGGCACUGGAUCAUUUGGAAAUUGCGGAAUAAGUUCUACAUCACAUGAAGCCAUUCCCCACCUAUUAUUUAUUAAAUAAAUUGAUGAUCAUUCUAUAGAUUAUUGAUAUUAAGAGAUAGAAUAGCUUUUAGUUUCCAAAUUAUUUUGCUUUUUAAUUUUACUAAUUUAAUGAUUUUCUGUAGGUUUUUUGGAUCAAUAUUAAAGAUCGAAGAAAAUUCA